UGGCUGAGUGCAGAGGGCCUGGGUCAGCGCACAGCGCCAGUUACUGUGCCCAUGCCACCAUGGCUACAGGUGGGCAGAGGUAUUGCCAAAGUUUCUUUCCUUGCAAAGAUGGGGUCUAGCCUGCCUGCCAAACUUGGGGCUCUGAAAGCAUGGCAGCUGGGGUCAUAUCAGCCUGUGCGAACAUGUCAGUGUGUAUCCGUGGGUCAGUCAGGCUGGCCCUUCUAUAGGUCGCAGGCUUGGAGUUCUCAGAGCUGCACCUCAGGCUGCGGACCCAGGAGCUUCGGCAACCAAGCCUGGAGCCUCAGCACAAUUUCCAGCUCCUGGGAAUGUCCCAGUGCCAGUAAAGAGGCCUUUUAUGGACCCCUGUCCUGUCCUGUGGUUUCUAGAUUUUCGCUCUGCAACCUGGGCUGGGGGUGGAGCCAGGCCCCUUGCCUGAUACCCAAACAGGCCUGCACAUGUAUGCUGGGCCAGGAGAGGGGUCUAGAGCACUUGUUGAGCCCCAACCUUAUCUCCAGAAUUCCCCCAGGAAAAGCCCAGCUGGAAGAGGUCACGGCUGCUGCAGCCCUUAGAAACCUGUCUACCAGUCUCCUCUGUUUGGGGACCCCAGCUGUCACCUUCAAUCCAGAGUCUGGCUUGGAGCCCUGGAAGGAGGCCAUUCAUCCCUCAGGCAGCUGCAGCACUAGCAGCAACAGUGGAGACGGGGUCUGGGACCUGGCCAGAGACCAGUCCUCUAUUCACUCCAUCACCCCACUGGCCCAUGAAGCAGCCUACUUUCUAGAUGGCAGGACAGGCUCUACACAGGUCAUGUUUCAGUGCUUGAAGAGCUACGGAAAGGUGCAGACACACGUCCACCUGGUGCACCUGGGAAGGCAGGUAGAGCCAGAGCAGAGUGAUGGCAAGAACUCCUACUACAUGGAGCUGGGUGUUGGUAUGGAUGCUGAUGGACUGUCCAGCCUGAACCCCGUAUAUCCUACAACCUCUGUGCCACUCACCUUUCCCCGGGUGGCUCCAGAGCUGCUGGAGGCCCCAGCACCUCCCAACCUGUUACAGCCGUUACCCAAGCUCAGCUCUUCAGCUGUUCCACAGGCAUGCCACAGUGACCAUGCCUACCAGCCAGGUGAAGCCACAGAUGGAGAUUGGGGGCAGGUCUCAGACCACUCUAGAGAGAAACAGAACAGGGGUUGUGGCUCCUUCCAGAGCUGUCUGGCUCCCAUCCACCAGAAGCCACAGGCCGAGGCCUACAUUCCAACCCUGCCUGCCAAGCUUGGGGCCAACCUGAGGUAUGAAGUCCCAAGAAAGUGGGAUGCCAAGAUGUGCCAGAAAGUGUAUGGCAUGGACCACAGGGACUGCUGCUGGAAGAAAGCCUGCCAUCAGUUCCUUGACUGAGCCAAUCCAUGAUGCUGCUUCCCAGCCUUCUUCCCACUCCCAGCCUGAAGCUACAGCAAACCUGUGGUGGGAUUUGAUGACCCUGGACUCCUAGAGAUUGAAGGGUGACUGACUAUGCAAAGUAUCUUAGAAGAAGCCAGCCUUUUGCAUUAAAAACCAAACUGUAUGUUGUCCUUUUGGCCUCA